AUGACAAUGGCAUACGUCCCGUAUCCGCCGGAACCCCCAAUUUACAGGUCUGAAAUUCCACCGGAACCUAGACCAGGAUACUACAAGUACUUGAACUAUUGUCUUUCCAAGUUCAGUGUAGAGUGCAAAAAAGAAUUGCUUUGCUAUGCGGCUCUGGAUGUUUUGGUCACCGAUGCUUGCUGCCACAAUCUUGUUCGUAUGGGUAAAAAAUGCUAUAUUGACUAUGUGGAUUACGUCUUCACAAUACCAAAGUUUACUAAAGGUGCACGCAAGGGGCAUGCAAGGGCCAAUCGAUUAUGGAAUACUUGUUAUUUAAGACUGAACCAUUAG